AUGAUGCUAAGCUUUCUUAAGGUCUUUAUAUUACUGCUUGUUCUUCCUCUAGUUUUAACUCAACCAGCGGUGAAUAAUGUUCUCUCCUAUGGUGCAAUCGGCGAUGGCCUCAAAGACGAUACUAGUAGUUUGUUGAAAGCAUGGGAGGCCACAUGCAAAUCAUCUGCUUCCUCAGCAACCAUGUACUUUCCUCCAAAUCACGUGUUUCUGACUCAUCCUCUGCUUCUUAAAGGCCCAUGCAAGGCGGAAUUCGUGAGAGUGGAGAUCAAUGGCACAAUCACCGCGCCAAGUGAGCCUAAAAAUUGGAAGUGUGGUUCUGAUAAUUGUGAUACUUGGUUACACUUCUCUCACAUGGAUGGAAUUGAGAUCUCUGGCUCUGGAACCAUCUCUGGACGCGGCCAAAAAUGGUGGGACAUGAAGCGCGGUAAAGACAAGCUUGCUGCCUUGAGGAUUACUAAUUCUAGGAAUGUUAAGCUUAGUGGAUUGAGAUUAAAGAUAAUCCAAAGAUGCACAUUGUGCUUAAUGGGGUGCAAACUGCAUACCUUUCGUAUUUAA